UCGAUUUUUGAGAAACAAAGACAUUUUUAGCCGUGAAAAAUAAAAAUUAAGAUUUUAGAAAAAAAUCAUUUAAAACGCGCUUUCGGGACUCCUGUGGUCCUUCUUGGUUUGCACAUGCGCACGAAAAUGAAAUAGUUCUCACUAUCAGCAGGGACCGGAUUAUGAUAGUGGUUAAAAGCAAUGCUCGGAGGACACUUAGAACAGCCCCGGUGAUUGAAUUAUAGAACAAACUCUGGAUAUUAAAGCAAAAUGAAGAUCAAUAUUGAUCCGGGUCCGAGAGGAGCUUUCCGAUAUUGAAAACCAUUUAGCGUUGAAUGUGGUUUCAUUACACACACAGCCUUAAAUGGGAGAGGGAUGCAGUUAUUGCCAGAUUUAGGAGGGAAAGUAAACAUAUGAGAUAUUCUAGAUUACCUUUUUCUUGAAAGAUCAGUGAUGGCGUGGUCCGACACAGUGACGGUUUUAAUGUGUAUCAUCCUCAUCUCUUUGCCAACGUUCCUAGCUGACAGAAAAUUGUGCACAAAGAGGGUUGAGGGAGUGACAACCAAAGUUCCACAGACUCGACGCAUUCCUGCUAAAUGUUCUAAUUGGGACCGAGCCUGGACAUGGGUCACUCACUCAGACUGUGGCACCAAAUACGAGAUCACCUACAUAGAGUUACCCCAGCACCAGCAGUACAGAUUGGUGUAUGAAUGCUGCCCGGGGGAUAAGGACUGCAAGCCUGAAGGACAAGCUGAAGAUGAAUCUGAUGAGAGAUUCCUUGCCAUCACGUUUGGAUGUGCCUCUGCUGCCUUCAUCAUUCUAAUCAUCAUCAUUGUCAUCAGUGUGUGCAGGAAGAAACAUUCAGGAUUCAUCUUUUGUCCAUACAAGAAGGAAUAUGAAAAUGCUGAUGAAUCCCCUGUUGCUUUAGGUUGCCAUGGUGAACGCUCUGGACCAAAUGACUACAUCAUUGGAGAUAUAGGAGAGGACCAUAAGCUGGUGAUUGAGUCUGAAUAUGAGGAGAUUUGUGACAUAAACCCAGCAGCAAAAGAGGCAGACUGGGACAAUGUAUAUCAAAAAAGUCCCUCUGCUCCUCCACAAGAAUUGAUGGAUGAGGGUCAAGAACCAGCACAGUCUUCAACCAAUGGCCAUGCAGAAAAUAGAGAACCAGAAAAUGUUGGAAUGACAGGCAGUUUAGUUGAAAUUGAUCAAACUGAGGCAGAAAAUGUUACAGCUCAGAAAACUUUAGUACACAUUGAAGAGAACAACCAGCCUGGAAAUGUGUGUGAUUCUAACACCAACAGUGUAAAUAUUUCUGGAGGUGGAUCCAAAGAUAUUUUGUGUGAAGACUUGAAUCAGGACAUGCUUGACAUUAAUCCUCCUACUGAAAGUGACUCUUCUAUAGCAUUGCUUCAGCCUGUGAAGACAGUGGACCAAUGUCGAAGCAAAGACAGUCAGAAUUCAGUGAAAGACACGCCCUGUGCUCAAAUUUCUAUUGAAAGUCUGGAUUUAGUGACUUCAUCUUCCUUAGAAAAUGAUCUUUCUAAAAAGGAAACUGUAAAUUCAUUUGAAGAUGCUUCUGUAAGAUCAAAUGGAGAAAAGGAUUCUAGUGAUUACAAUGGCAUGUAUGAAGAAUUAAAGUGAAAGUAAUUUUUUUCAAUGGCUACAAAUCAGAUGAAAUCUUUUGUAGCAAUGACCCACAAAUGUACAAGUAUUCCACUCCAAACAUGUACCUUUAUCAUGUUCAUUGACAACAAAAUAUUUCUAUUUAGAAGAGUUUUGCUUAUAUAAUUGCAUACAUGUAUUCAUGUAUAAAUACAGAGCAUAUAUUUCAUUGAUAAAUAAAUGUUUUACAUUAAAACAUUGCUGCU